AUGGAGCACCUAGACUUUAGAUUCAGUUUUUUACAUCAACUAUUAAUAAGGGAGGUAAGCAAGGUCAAACCUUCUUUUGAGACGUUCCCAGACCUCGCUAAAAACGUGACCAGUUUGUUACAAAGGAUGGCUUCGAAGGUUUGUCGAGGCUUUUUACGGCCCUUAAAGGGCCGUUUAAUGGGCACACAGGCUGCUGCUGCUGCUCGGAAAGAUACUCGAGAGACAGGAAUGCUCCUGCCAUAUUAUGACCCGAUGAUUACAAAAUUACCCAAUGGCCUUCUUGUAGCCUCCUUGGAAAAUUUUGCUCCUAUUUCUCGGAUUGCAGUUGUCGUGAAUGCAGGAUCCAGAUUUGAAACUGGUGACAAUUUGGGUGUGACUCAUAUGCUGCGUGUGUUUGCUGGCAUGGGAACAAAAGACUCAACAGCAUUUGGCCUCACCAGAACAAUGCAGCAAAGUGGAGCUAAUUACACUUGUUCAGCUAACCGAGAAUUUAUGACCUAUCAAGUUGACUGCAUCCGUGAUGAGCUUGAUGGUCUGAUCCCUUUAAUUAACAAUGUGAUCAACAAACCUGCUUUCAAACCCUGGGAAGUAAGCGAUCUACAAAAGCAAUUGGCUUUGGACAGAGCACUCUUUCAGUCCCAAUACCCUGUUUGUGUUAGUGAGUUGCUUCAUGAAGCUGCAUUCAGAACGACAUUGGGUAUUUCUGUUUGCGCCCCACAGCAUAUGAUUGGACACUACACUCCUGAAAUGCUUGAGGAAUAUGUCCAGAACUUCUACACCGUUGACCGUAUGGCGAUUGUGGGUGUUGGAGUGGACCAUGACCAUCUGGUAGGCUUGUGUUCUAGCUUCAAACCAAACCCAUCAUCUGGUAUCAGUACACAAAAGGCCAAAUAUGCUGGAGGUGAAAUCAGGGUUAAUAAUGGCAAUGGACUUGUGACCGCUGCAUUGGCUACUGAAGGACCCUGCAUAAAUGGAAGAACAAAACGCCUCCCAAGCAAAGACCUGCUUCCGGCUUGUAUCCUGCAAAUGGCCAUGGGCACUGGGCCCUUCAUUAAGUACAGUAACAAUACUGAAGUUUCCAGACUUGGAAAAGCUGCUGCUUCAGUCACCUCCAGCCCAUUCGGAAUUUCUUGCAUCAGUGGAGCUUAUUCUGAUGGAGGAAUUUUUGGAUUUUCUGCCACUACCAACAAGGAUGACAUUGGAAAGGUUCUGAAAGCUGCUUUCCAAGAAUUUGCCCAAAUCACCAAGAUUGGAAUAAAACCUGAAGAAAUUAAUCGUGCCAAGAAUCAAUUGAAGGCUGCCGUCCUGAUGCAGGCUGAACACACUGACAUGAUUCUUGAAGACAUGGGUCAACAAUUGUUGAUGGCUGGUGGCUUGGCUGAUGUUGAUGCUUUCAUUGAUCAGAUUGACAUGAUCACUGCAGAAGAUGUUAAUUUGGUUGCCAAAAAGAUUAUCAACGGAAAACCAUCCAUGGCUGCCAUUGGUGACCUUUCUAAAACUCCAUAUCUUGAUGAACUAUACAAGGCUGUUUGUGAGGAGGGGGGGGGGCAUUGUUGGGGGGACAAAACAUUUGAUCUCUUUCCCACUCCUACCCCUGUUCUUAUUGUUCUCACUCCCUUUUCCUGUCUUCUGUGUUCUUUCUUCUCUCUCCCAUUUCCUAUCAGUGGUCUUCUUUCCCCCUCUAUCUCCUCUCCUCAUACUCCCUUAUUUCUGUUCUUGUUUCCUUUCUUCAUCCCCUCCUCCUUUUCUCUCCUUCUUUGCCUCCCCCACUGCUCUCUCUCUCUGCUUUUCCUUCCUCUCUCUCUCCUCCUGCUCUUCUUUCCUUCCUUCCCUCAUCUUACUAUGCCUUUUACUUUCUCUCACUAUACACAGGGAGAGUUGGAAAAGUUCUUGGCUUGA